GCCCAGGGCUCUUCCUGUUUAAUCAGCACUAGAGCUGCUAGUGGACAAUCUCCAUACACAAUAUUAUGAAUUAUGAAGAAUUAAUAUUAUGAGUGUUGCAUAAUAUCCAGUGAUAUUACUGUGCAAUCAUUUGUCAGGUCUCCUGUGUCUGUGGUGCCGAAGGCAAAACGAUCUGGGAUAAAGUCUACUAACUGAAUGUACUUAGGUUCGAAGCAUUUGGCUCUGAGAAUUCACGUUUUUGACAAAGUAGAAAAAAAAAUGGAAAGUUAAUGGAUUGAAUUGAAAUUUCAGUGUGAAAGAAAUAAAAUAAAAGAAGUAAUGCACUGCAAGAAAUUAACCAAUCUAUCACAGAGAUGAAUCUUCAGUGGAAGCCUUUCAGGGUCAAGUUUAAAAAAAAAUAAUACUCACGUGGAGUGAAAGAGACAGAGGGAGAAAGAGAAAGAGUCCCCAUAUUCUCUCAUUCCUCCCACUUGCUCACUGGAUUUCACAUUUACAGUGGUUGAAGGGAGAGUGGACCCCAGCCACACCCCCUGACUAUAAAUCCAAGGCAUAAGGAAACACUCAGCUGAAAUCACACGUGGAACUGAAGGAUCUGGAGCUCACAAGCUCAUUCACACACACGAACAUACAGAGUCUGGGAGGCGGCUUGGCAUGCUGUUAGCCCAAAUAACUGAUGACAGUGGAGAGAAGGGCAGUUCUUAUGAAUGACUGAGUCAGAAGUGACUCGGUCAAGCAUCGCUGGAUUGGUUGGAGCCCUAAAGCAGGACUGGUUACCGAAGCUUGUCACUUCGUAUGUAGACUCAAGAAAGACACCAUAGUUUCACCUGGUGCUGGGGGAGUACGAUUAGAAAUAGAGAUUGAGUUCACUCUUGUGUUUGUGCAAAGUAGAACGAUUCAACAGAGAUUUUGGUGCGAGGACGAAGAGCAAAUUCCAAGGGUCCUGUAAGGUGCUGAGCAUGUCUUUUGCGAUGGUGCGACCAACUCCAGGUCAUUUCUUGUGCUCUGAGAUCAGCAUGCACUCCGAGGAUGACGACAAUGGCAGUGAAGGUUCUGGAUCUGACGACAAGUCCUUCCAAAUGGCUGGCCACAGCUUUGGCACCUUUAAGUUAGGUGCUCGUAAAAAGAGGUAUGGCUGCCAACCGGUAGCGGCUCCCAGUGAGCUCCGUUCUCAGAUUGUCGAGAUCCGCCAGCGGAACACCGCAAACGCCCGAGAGCGGGAUCGCACGAACAGUGUGAACACGGCAUUCACUGCUCUGAGGACGCUGAUACCUACCGAACCAGCCGACAGGAAGCUGUCUAAGAUUGAGACGCUGCGGUUGGCCUCCAGCUACAUCUCGCACCUAGGGAACGUGCUGCUGGUUGGAGAGGAGUGUGGAGACGGCCAGCCUUGUCUUAGGAGCUCUGAAGCCUUGCAUCAUCGCCUUCACAACCUUCAAAAGAGCUUGACACCUAGCUCGGACUCAGAAAACUCACAGCCCAGACAGAUCUGCACCUUCUGCCUCAGUAACCAGAGACGACUGAACAAAGACAGAGAAAGAAAAACUGCAUUAAGAAGUUAAUGAUGAGGAGAAGAGAGAGUAAAAGAGCGUUCACAUCACAUCUGUCUGAAGAAACGCACCGGAGCGGAUUGAACAUUUAGUGUAAAUUUCCUGUAAAUAAGCUGUUUAAUUGAAUGCAGCACUGCUUAACCAAGUUACGACAGCCUAAACUUCCUGGUGGAUGGCAUUAUAAUGGACAACUUCACUGCCUUUCUGCACUUGCAUAUUUAGAAACCAAAAACUAUGUGAAUUUCAUCAUAACCUCUUUUUUGUUUUAUACAAAGGUGUUAUACGUUUAUUCAAAAGCGAUAUGGGAUGAAGACUGUUGACUAAGAUGAGGAUGAUUUGUCAUUUAAAAACAGCAAAGAACCAGCAAAGAACCUGUUUGCGUCAUUUUGGGUUUGUCUAUGAUGCAUAUAUUUUAUAUGCACUACACUGAACUUUAUUUACAUUUAAGGCUUUUCUGCUAUUAGAACACAUUCCUACAGUACAAGCAAACAUUAAUGUCAAGUGGUUGUUUUUAAACUGUAACAUAAGUAUUGUUAUUUUUAUUUAUUUAUGGCAAUUAAACAUUUAAAAACAUUGUUUAAACCAAAUUAUGUAAAUGUCAGGGUUGAAAAAUCUUGAGUUUGAGGGCUUAAAUGAAAUCAGACAGACUGUGAGAGGCUGAAAGGUGAACAGGAAGGGAGUCAGUAUUAAGUCUGGUUCUAUAAGUUCAGUCUAAAUGAGAUCUGCAGGUAGAUUGCUGUUGGCAGACAGUGUCCUCUACUUUACCUCUGACCACAAGCUCUCGCUCACAUUCAAACAGACACACACACACACACACACACACACACAGGCAUUAUGGGACUUGCACACUAGGAACCCCCCUUUCCAAAGGUCUAACAUAAAUGCCUGUCCUGGGUCAUCACCAUUACCUAACCUAGGAUAGUGUCUUCCAAAGACAAUAAAUAUAUCAUAAUUAUUUGCACAGAUUUUUUACUUUACUCGCACUUUACUUUUGGUGAA